UGAUAGGGGUGCGGAGUGGGUACUGACACGGUUCCUAUCGGCCGCUCGUUGCCGUUGUCCUGAUAACCGGCCGGUCCGAAAUUUGGUUGGAGAGACAGGCUCUCCAUUUUUUACCAGUGGUGAAGUCAGAGCUACAGUUUUAAACAUGCUUCGUCAGAUUAAUGAUACGCUUGUCAGGAUGCGUCUCCGUCGUCUCACCAAAGAAAAUUUGUUGUAUUUCUACUACCCCAUGAAAGGAGCAUCAUGUUAUGUUCUCUUUGCCGGUCAUGUCAUGCAUCCGGCAAUUCUGAGCUCCUUUCCACUGGUGCCUCGCUCUGUGCCCGUGUCGAACCUGGCACUGGUGCACGCCAACCUGGGCAUCGGUCUGUACCUGUUUGGCAGCCGGCACCUGCGGCACCAGCACAUCUGCAAGAAGGUCACCUUCAGCGUUUUCGGCUCCCUUCUCUUCAACAUGGGCUCAGUGCUUCUGUUUGCCAUACUGCGCCAAGCCACGCCUGAGUGCGCCACGUUCCGCGCUAUGAUCGGUAUGACGUCAGCAGCCGGUCUGCUCUACAUCGGCAAGACGUACGUCGAUCACCUGGAUCGCCAGGCGGUCUUGCACGACGCGGAGUAGUAGUGACAUCUAGCGGCGAACCUGACGGCGCGCAGGUGGUGACAUCUGUGGGGAUUUCCGGCGGCGGGUCCGGGCCACGGGUUGGAGUCCCGCGUGUGUCUCAGCAAUGGAGCGCCGUUUCGCAGCAGACGUCGAUUGUGCGCCCCUGAAGUGUUAGAAGGCGUACUUCGAAGUAGGCAUACGUGUGUGGGGUACAUGGCUUUGCGAAGCAAUUAAAUUUGCGGAAUGUUAGAUGGAUCGGAUUUUCUGUGUGCGUGUCGGAUUAAAACUGCAUUAGGUUGAGGUCCUGCCACUGUUCGCUGAUCCAAAGACGCCCUCUUACAAGGCCGCAGUUUUAGUUUCGCUGUACGACGAUUUAAGUCUGUUGUACAUUUCACAGGACUUCAAUGGCAUCAGCGUCAUUUGUUCACGGCGUUGAGAUGAUGCCGGAAGGGUCUUCAGAUCCCAUUCACUGGGUGUCCUUUCUGUGAAUGAUUUGGAGCCCAUUUUAAGUUCACUUUUUCAUUUUAAGUGGACGGUUAUGGUGUCAGUCUUUGUGGGUCGUGGCAGGGCGCCACUUUGGUGGUAAGCUUUACCAGCGCACGGUCAACUGAUCAUCACUGAUCGGGGCCUGUUUCGGCUGGAUCUAAUGUCGCGAUGUUCGAGUGACGUCACGACAUCUCUCGAGUGACGUCACGACGGCUGGACGUCUGCGCUCUGUAAAUAUGUGAUCGUAGUGUGUGUUUUGUAUUGGUCGCUUUGCCGUUUUGCUGUUGACUAACAGAUCACACGAAACUGA